AUUGAAUUUCAAAAUGAAUGAGCCAUUCAGCUCUAACGCACCAGAACCGAAGAUAGUAGGAGUUUGGACCGAGGGAGCCCGCAUUGAGCCGAAAGAAUUUAUAAUUCCGAAGAAUUCACCAGAGUCCAGUGAUGACAUACCUACUAUACCUGACCUGGAUGACUUGCAGGAUAUUCUGGAAAAGGAGAUAGCCAAACCACCUCCCUCGGACCACAAAGACAGCGAAACCGUGAACACCCUGGCUGCCGUAGGCGACGGAUACUCGGGCUCUGCUGAUGGCGUGGAGGCCGCGCUGGCAGCACUGCGCUCACGUGUACCCGUAGUCCAGCCAGCUCCUGAUGCUGUCUGGACCAUUGACUCACUACUAGCACAAUUGGCUGAGGGGACUGACCAGAAUUAGGAAGUUGAUUGCAACACUGUUUAUUCA